AUGUUCGCAGCGGCAAAAAACCUUGGCCAAGGAGCAGAUGGCAUGGGAGACCUGCUGACGCGGCUCCGCGCCCGAGAGAAGGCUCGCCAUGGUGUACAGGCGAAGAAAGACGUGGACUCUUCCGGCCUACCAAUCAUGACUGCCGCGGCGCUUCGUCAGGCAAGAGCGUGUCCGGUGGCGAUAGACGACGAAGGGUACGAGACUCCAGAGCUGAACGACCGCCUCUACCUCCACUUCAAGGGGUAUCGCAAGAUUCAAAACCUGGACCCGUACACAAGCUUGAAGGCGCUGUGGCUGGGAGGGAACGGGAUAUCAGAAAUUCAGGGGAUCGGUCACUUGAGUCAGCUGCGGUGCCUGUACCUCGAGCGCAAUCUCAUCUCCACCAUAAAGGGUCUGGAGGGGCUAGAACGCCUGGUGCAGCUGGACCUGAGCCAAAACCGCAUCGAGGCCGCGCUCGGGCUUUCGUGCCUCCCCUCGCUGCACACCCUCAACCUCUCCAAGAACUCCCUGGGGGACGCCGCCGCGGUGUCCCCCCUGUCGGAAUGCCCGGCGCUCACCAACCUCGACGUCACCGGCAACAGGCUGGCGGGACCCGGAGUUGUCGACGUGCUGUCCUCUCUGAAGGGCCUGGUGUCCCUCAGCCUGUCCGGCAACCCCAUCCUCGCCGAGACCGCCCACUUCAGGAAAACCGUCAUCACCGCCUCCCCGAAACUGAGGUACCUGGACCGACCGGUGUUUGAAGCGGAGAGGGUGGCGGCGGCGGCUUGGACUGUCGGCGGCGCAGAAGCUGAGAGGAACGCCCGUACGAGGUACCAGGAGGAGAAGCGUAACGAAGACCGCAGACAGAUGCAAGUCUUCAGGGACUGGCAGGCGGAAAUGAGGCAGAAGAAGCUGGCGGAAAUCGAGGCUCGCGCUGCUGCCGGGCUUGGCGCACCGGAGCCUACGCCGGAAGAGGUGCUCCGCGAGGCGGAAAGAGAGGCCAAGGCAAAGGCCGAUGCGGAGGAGGACAAGCGCCUCAUCAAGGAGUCUCUAGCCGGGGCUGCAGCUUCAUCCGCCGAGGCAGAAGGCCCCCUCCCAGAACCACCGUCCACUGUCGGAGGAGGAACAUCGAGCAAGUCUACCGCCACAGCCAGCGAGACCUGCGACAGCGGCGGCAGCGACCCGAAUUUCUCAGGAACAGGUAGAGCAGGAAGCCGGGGGGGGGACGACGGGGGAGGAGGGGAUCGUAAAUCAGACAGCAGCUUUGACGACGAAGAGGAGGGGAAAGGAGGGGGGGGAGACGACGAGCUUCAGAAAGACGACGACGACGACGACGACAAAGACGAAAACAAGGAAGACAGCGAGGAGCGAAAGGUCACAGAAACAGACGGCGAGGCGGAGGAGGAGGUGGAGGAGGAGGAGGACGAUGAAGAAGAGAUCCGCCGAGUGCGGGUAGCUCAAUCUCUGGCCAUGUACCGGUCCCAGCUCGCGGCGGAACGCCGUCUAGAAGAGGCGAACCUCCACGGGGCGCAGGAAGAGAAAACGCCCGGGGCUUGCGUCUGGUCGCCUCCCGGCAGCCCUUCCCGCCACCGCGGCGGCGGUGCGGUUGCCGGGGGCUUUCAGCGCAGGUUGGAGGAAGCCUCCGCAGAGGUUUCCGCGGAGGCGGCUGCCUCGCCGCAGAUCGUAACGGCCACCAGCGGACCACGAGGAAAUCCGGCAGAAAACACGCAGCAGACACGAUGUCACCGUAGAGAACAGGUGCCUUUUCCAGGCGCAACAGAGGGAUCCGGUAAGUGCGAUCCCGGUGGCGGUGUUGGUGGGGGUCGGAGUGGCGGCCGACAGUGGACCGCGUCGAGGGACUGGGCUCUGGCGCGCCUCGUGCGCGAAUGCGAAUUCGAAUUCGACCUGGUGGCAGCGCGCUUCUCCUCUUGUGUCGCCAGCGGCGAUGGUGGUGAAGAAGAAGCGAUUACCGCGGAAGAGUGUCGGGUUCGGUUCGCCCGCUUCGAUCGCGAGGAGGAAGACAAUGCGGGUGAUGAUAUGGGGGGCGGAGGCGAAGGGUACAACCACAACCUUGUUCCGGACCUUGACGCUAUCCCUGCCCCCGGGGUGAUCGAGAACGCGGGCCUAUCGUUCGCAGAUCUCGAAAGGAAGGCCAGGAACAUGAAGUCCAGGUUUCUCGAGCCACCGAAGGACCUGCCCUCAACACGCGAUGGGGACGAUCGUCUUGACGGCGAUGAUGAUGCCAAAGAUGGUGAUGCUGAUGAUCGUGAUGAUGGUGGCGUUUUGAUUACCAACAAGAAGAGAACGACGACCGAUAUCCCCAGAAGCAGCGACGCGGACGGCUGUGCCGGAAAAGACUACGCCAUCCGCGACGAUGGCGCUCAGGUUGGGGCAAAGAAGGAGCCGGUCCUGCUUGUCAUCAACGACCCCGGUACAGCUAACGCUGACGGUGGACGUGGCAACUUCGAGAGCAAUCGUUCCGGUGACAGUGGCUCUGAUGGAGACGACGACGAGGUACUCACUCGAGCACAAAUCAAGGGCAUGGCGAAAAGGACGCAUCAAUCAUAG